UGAACACUGAUCAUUUAAAAUGUAUAUGUAUGCAUUACUUUAAUAAUAAUUUUACUUCAAAUCAUGAGUUAUGAUUACUUUCUCUUUAAUUUGAAGUUCAGUCUCCCUACGUGCAUUUUCUCAUAGUCAGUGCAUAGGAAAAUUUGUGUUUGUUCAAUUUUUCCCGCAGUCAUCAUUUCUCGUUAUGUCUGCGCCUCUAUACGAAAAUUGGAGGUAUCAAUCAUUGUCGUAGUUUUGAUUUGUGCAGUCAAAAAUGGAAAACCUAGCAGAGUCAAUAAGUUCAAUAGAAUUAUCAAAAACAAAUACCAUGGCAAUUUUGGAUUUACCAAUCGAGAUUAUGGAAGAAGUUCUUGAAAAGUUGAUGCCAGAAGAGCGAUUCGUUGUUCGGAAAGUGUCCCGACAAUUUUGUCUCCUUAUUGACAGCAAAGCCAAUGGCCUCAAAAAUAUUCGGUUCCAUUGCUUCAGCGUUGGUAAUGAUCAGCACUGCACUAUAGACUUCAAUCACACUUAUGUCGAAUACAAGAACAUUUUUGCAAAAGUGGCAACGAAAGAAGAACAGAAGGAGAUAAAGAAGCUCGACGUGAAAGAUGAUUGUUAUGUAGCUCUUGGGUAUAAUCCCAAAAGUUGGAGACGUUUAAAAGGGACGAAUAGUUUUGAUGUCGCCAUGACUGACUUGGCGUUCUUCUUGAAAAAUCCAAAAACUCGACUAGAAGUGUUGAGCAUCCAUUUAAGUGCUCCAACUGACUCUCACGAUUGUUGCUCUGAAACUAUCACGAAUCUUUUCUCCACUCAACUCUCUAAUCUUCAUGUCAAAAAGUUUGUGCUCAAAGAGUUUACAAGCUCUCAACUUGCGAAGAUCCUUCCAAGUUUUAAGGAAGGUGUUCUGGAAGAGAUACAUCAUCAGAUGUUUCAAUCAGAGAGCAGUCAACUUGUUUUUCAAGAUCUAGUUGAGUUGAAGCAAUGGAAACAGGCGAAGUGCUUGACAAUGAAACCAGCCGCUCAUGAAACUUACGAUGUGGAUCUUUCUACAGAUUUGAUGUUGAUCGCGCAUUUUCCAAUGUUGAAAGUUCGUGUGAAGAUUUUUACGGUGGAGCAUGCAAAACAGUUGAGAGAGAUAUUCCCGAAGAUUGCAAAUUUCGAGUCGUGGAUCAUCAAAGGCAAUAUCACGGACCCUCCUGAGAUUGUGAAGGUUUUCCUUCCAGACUACAACAGCUACCCAGAGGGAUCUGCAAAGUACAUUGCUGACGGCAUAACAUAUUUGAUUGAUUUUGACACAAAAUUGUUCAUUUUUGAAAAAAGUUACUAUGAUUAAUCAGAUUGAAAUGAAAAACUCUUUGAAA